UUUUUCGCUAGUUUUGCAACCGUUUACCACAGAGUCAUGCAACUUGGAACGUGACACUUGUAAACUGUUAGCAUGCUAACAUUAAAGUGUUAAUGCUAGCCUUUUUGCUACUGCAUUUUGGUAUUUGUUCUUACCCGGUCAUGUGCUAUCUUCUUAACGUUAGCGUGCUAGUAUGCUAACAUUUGCAUGGCUACGUUUCCAGCCAAUAUUACACUUUUUGGUGUAAUUCCGCAGCCACACACCUUACAACUUGGUAUUUUGAAACAUGCUAACUGUACGCAUGUUUACGUUAGCAUGCAUGCUAAUGUUAGCAUGCUACCUUUUUAGCUAAUUCUACGUUUUUUUCUCUCUAAUUAGACCGCCAUGCACCUUACAGUCAUAUAACUUGGUAUCUGACACACACUAACUGAUAGCGUGCUAACAUUAGCUUGCUAGCGUGCUAACAUUAGCGUGCUAAAUUUUUGCGCUAGUUUUGCAACCGUUUACCCCAGAGUCAUGCAACUUGGAACGUGACUCUUGUAAACUGUUAGCAUGCUAACAUUAGAGUGUUAAUGCUAGCCUCUUUGCUACUUUGGCUACUGCAUUUUGGUAUUUGUUCUUACCCGGUCAUGUGCUAGCUUCUUAACGUUAGCGUGCUAGUAUGCUAACAUUAGCAUGGCUACGUUUCCAGCCAAUAUUACACUUUUUGGUGUAAUUCCGCAGCCACACACCUUACAACUUGGUAUUUUGAAACAUGCUAACUGUAUGCAUGUUUACGUUAGCAUGCAUGCUAAUGUUAGCAUGCUACAUUUUUAGCUAGGUCUACGUUUUUCUCUCUCUAAUUAGACCGCCAUGCACCUUACAGUCAUAUAACUUGGUAUGUGACAAACACUAACUGAUAGCAUGCUAACAUUAGCUUGCUAGCGUGCUAAAAUUAGCGUGCUAAAUUUUUUCGCUAGGUUUGCAACCAUUUAUCCCAGAGUCAUGCAACUUGGAACGUGACACUUGUAAACUGUUAGCAUGCUAACAUUAAAGUGUUAAUGCUAGCCUCUUUGCUACUGCAUUUUGGUAUUUGUUCUUACCCGGUCAUGUGCUAGCUUCUUGACGUUAGCGUGCUAGUAUGCUAACAUUAGCAUGGCUACGUUUCCAGCCAAUAUUACACUUGUUGGUGUAAUUCCGCAGCCACACACCUUACAACUUGGUAUUUUGAAACAUGCUAACUGUACGCAUGUUUACGUUAGCAUGCUAGCAUGCUAACAAUAACGUGCUAGCUAUUUGAAAUGAGCUAGUUUUUCGCAACCGUUUACCCCAAAGUCAUACAACUUGGUACGUGACACUUGUAAACUGUAAGCGUGCAAACGUUAGCAUGCUAACAUUAAAGUGCUAACUUUCUUUAACCAAAUGUACUCAUUGUUCUCUAAUUCCCCAGCCAUACACCUUAGAGUCAUACAACUUGGUAAUUUGAAACAUGCUAACUGUAUGCAUGUUUACGUUAGCAUGCAUGCUAAUGUUAGCAUGCUACCUUUUUAGCUAAUUCUAAGUUUUUUUCUCUCUAAUUAGACCGCCAUGCACCUUACAGUCAUAUAACUUGGUAUGUGACACACACUAACUGAUAGCAUGCUAACAUUAGCUCGCUAGCGUGCUAACAUUAGCGUGCUAAAUUUUUUCGCUAGUUUUGCAACCAUUUACCCCAGAGUCAUGCAACUUGGAACGUGACACUUGUAAACUGUUAGCAUGCUAACAUUAGAGUGUUAAUGCUAGCCUCUUUGCUACUUUUGCUACUGCAUUUUGGUAUUUGUUCUUACCCGGUCAUGUGCUAGCUUCGUAACGUUAGCGUGCUAGUAUGCUAACAUUAGCAUGGCUACGUUUCCAGCCAAUAUUUUUCACUUUUUGGUGUAAUUCCGCAGCCACACACCUUACAACUUGGUAUUUUGAAACAUGCUAACUGUAUGCAUGUUUACGUUAGCAUGCAUGCUAAUGUUAGCAUGCUACAUUUUUAGCUAAUUCUACGUUUUUUUCUCUCUAAUUAGACCGCCAUGCACCUUACAGUCAUAUAACUUGAUGUCAUCAGUGUUUGAACCUGACAAGGGGCCAAGCCCAACUCCUGGAGCGGUCCUCUUCCAGCAUGACUGUGCACCAGUGCACAAAGCAAGGUCCAUAAAGACAUGGAUGGCAGAGUCUGGUGUGGAUGAACUUGACUGGCCUGCACAGAGUCCUGACCUGAACCCCACUUUUGGCAAUAUAAUACGUCCGUGGGGAACAUCUUCUCCCUGAGCGGCGGGGGGUGGAGCGUCGGGAUGGCGAAGGAGGAGCCACACACCUCCCACUUUAAAGAGGAAGAGGAGGAGCACAGCGUCAGCCACGAAUGGUCGGAGGAGCUCCCAGUGGUUGUGAAGAGUGAAGAUGACGAGGUCAGAGGUGAGAGAGAGGAGAAGAGAGAGGCGGAGCCUCCGGCAGAAGGUGAGGGAGACCACUGUGGAGGAGACAAGAUGUUAGCUCCGCUAUCAGAUAGUGACGAGACGACGUCUCACUCUCCUGACAUUGAUGAUGAAGACUCUAAAGAGGACAACACACACCUGACAUGUUCUCACUGUGACAAAACCUUCAAAUACCCCAGUAAACUGAUAAGUCACAUGAGAACGCACACCGGAGAGAAACCCUUUUUCUGCUCGGUUUGUGGUAAAGGGUGCGCACAAAAAAACGAUUUGAAAGCCCACAUGCAAAAACACACCGGAGUAAAACCUUUUACAUGUUCAGUGUGCGGUAAAGGAUUUGCCCGUAAAUACGUGUUGAAGCACCACAUGGAGUCGCACCCCGCUGUGGAGAACACCUUUCCAUGUUCAAUAUGUGGUAAAGUCUUUUUACAGGCCAACUAUUUAAAAAAACACACCAGGACGCACACCGGAGAAAAACCUUUUCCUUGCUCGGUAUGCGGUAAAGGUUUCGGAAGCAGUCAGUUUGUGAAAGCACACAUGAGAACGCACACCGGAGAAAAACCCUUUCCCUGCUCAGUCUGCAGGAAAGGUUUUACACAAAGGCAGCACGUGAAAGAGCACGAGAGAACGCACACGGGGGAAAAACCCCAUGUCUGUUCGGUCUGCGGGAAACCUUUUGCGCGUCGUCACCAUUUGAUAACACACAUGAGAACGCACACCGGUGAGAAAGUGUUGAGUUGUGGUGUGUGCGGUGAGAGAUUGUCUUCCGAGUACCAGGGUAAGAAACACAAGUGUGCUGGUGAGAAAGUGUUGAGUUGUGGUGUGUGCGGUGAGAGAUUGUCUUCUGAGUACCAGGGUAAGAAACACAAGUGUGCUGGUGAGAAAGUGUUGAGUUGUGGUGUGUGCGGUGAGAGAUUGUUUUCCGAGUACCAGGGUAAGAAACACAAGUGUGCUGGUGAGAAAGUGUUGAGUUGUGGUGUGUGCGGUGAGAGAUUGUCUUCUGAGUACCAGGGUAAGAAACACAAGUGUGCUGGUGAGAAAGUGUUGAGUUGUGGGGUGUGCGGUGAGAGAUUGUCUUCUGAGUACCAGGGUAAGAAGCACAAGUGUGCUGGUGAGAAAGUGUUGAGUUGUGGUGUGUGCGGUGAGAGAUUGUCUUCUGAGUACCAGGGUAAGAAGCACAAGUGUGCUGGUGAGAAAGUGUUGAGUUGUGGUGUGUGCGGUGAGAGAUUGUCUUCUGAGUACCAGGGUAAGAAGCACAAGUGUGCUGGUGAGAAAGUGUUGAGUUGUGGUGUGUGCGGUGAGAGAUUGUCUUCUGAGUACCAGGGUAAGAAGCACAAGUGUGCUGGUGAGAAAGUGUUGAGUUGUGGUGUGUGCGGUGAGAGAUUGUCUUCUGAGUACCAGGGUAAGAAACACAAGUGUGCUGGUGAGGACAGCAAAUGAUUUUCCUUUCUAACUGUAAAUGAUUCCUUUACACCAAUGUUCAAGUUAAUGUAUUGUUUUUAUUGUAAAGAAUAAUAAAUACAUUUUAAUUUAAUUCUUCAUUUUAGCUUCUGUUUUUUCAACGAAGAAUAUUUGUGAAAUAUUUCUUCAAACUUAUUAUGAUUAAAAUUCAAAAAAAAUAUUCUGGCAAAUGUAGAAAAUCUGUAGAAUCAAAUUUAAAUCUUAUUUCAAAGUCUUUUGAAUUUCUUUUACAAUUUUUGUUCUGGAAAAUCUAGAAGAAAUAAUGAUUUGUCUUUGUUAGAAAUAUAGCUUGGUCCAAUUUGUUAUAUAUUCUAACAAAGUGCAGAUCGGAUUUUAACCUAUUUAAAACAUGUCAUCAAAAUUCUAAAAUUAAUCUUAAUCAGGAAAAAUUA